AUGGUACAGACUCGAGCCAACACUAACCCGGAAGAAGUCUAUAACGAAUUCUUCCGGAAAUGCAAAGAGGAGAAGUUCCUUGAUAUGGAACUAUUCCAACUUAUCCCUACAAAGCUUAUCGAAACUCGUACAUUAGAGAAAAAGAUACACAUUGAAGACCUCUAUGAGAUCAGGGAUAAGUACAUGGAAGGCACGCACCCGUCAUGGGCAAAACAAUUCAGAACGAUGAUCACAGAUCUCCAGAAAAAGAUGAUUCCGCCUCUGGAUCUGAAGCCCUUACUAACGACAAGAGAGUUCCGAGAUGCUAAUAAGAACAAGGUUAUGCCAACCUUGACGAAGCAACCAUCGAACUCGUUGGUGAAGAGCUACGUUCCUCCUCCGAUGCCACAAAACCAAGUACCCAACCAACCUCCACCGCAGAUGCCGGUCGGAUUGGAUGAGAUGAUUAGGGAUGACUCAUCUGGUUUCAGCAGUGUUGAUUCAGGGCCACGGCAACGUCAUGAUGAGCCACGAUACGGGUUCGAAGUCGUUGAAGAUAUAGAGAACCUUAUGUUCGACCCUAUGUCGCUAAUCUUACAGCUAAAACAGAAGAAAGCUAGUAUACCAAAGCUCUUUGAGAUGAAGCUACGGGUUAUAUCGCAGGCGAUCUACCACCCAUCUAUCGAGAAUACAGAGCAACUCAUAGAUGCGCUCGAUACAAUACGAAGAGAGGGAGUAAUCUCCUAUCGCCAGAAAGACCGCCUGCUGAUAUCAAUAGUGGCAUAUGGUAAAGACGCUACGCUGAAGCGAUUAGAGUCGGGCAUGCUGGACCGGCCACUGAAUAUAUAUGCCAAGAGCUCGCGGAAGAAACCCAACGAUGGCAAGACGUCAAAGAAGACGUACGACCAAAAGCCACAGGGUAAUACGCAAGCGAACGGUUACAAGGGCAGGAAGCCGAACAACAAUAAGAACCGACGUGGCAGUUAUAAAACAACUGAGACCACUAACAAUUGGAGCGACAAUCCGAAAUAG